AUGAAGGAGCAGAAUAGCCUCAAGGCCCGAGUCAAGAAGAAAUUCUACGUAUACGACGACGAGGAAGUCGCAGCCCGGUCGGUGAAGUCAAAGCACUUUAUCACCAAGGUCAUGUUUUUUGCCGCUGUAGCAUGGCCCCGCUACGACCACACAAGGAAGACCUUCUUUGACGGUAAGAUUGGCGUCUGGCCGUUCGUUGAAGUCGUCGCGGCCAAGCAAACAAGCAGGAACCGUCCCAAGGGCGCCCCCGUGACCAUGCCUCAAAAUGUCAACAGUGACGUUUACAAGUCGUUCGUGUUGGACAAGGUCGUUCCAGCAAUUUGCUAA